AUGGAACCACCGGCCCAACCUGGGCUGCCUUCUCAAGGAAGCCAAACUAGCCUUUCUAGCAUGUUGUUAACAUUCCGCACGUUAGGCGUUCCUAUUACAGAACACAAAACUGGAAGACCCAAACACAGUCUCAUUAUAGAAUUUCUAGGCAUUAUCAUUGACUCACAAAAGAUGGAGGUUCGUCUUCCAUCUGAUAAAUUGAACCGUCUAUUUGUUGAUUUAAAUUCGUGGCACACAAAAAAGUCAGCUACACUCCAAGAGCUCCAAUCACUAAUUGGAACAUUAAAUUUUGCAUGCAAAGUAAUUGCCCCGGGUCGAGCUUUUCUGCAACGUAUCAUAAAUCUAACACGGGGAUCUCGAAACCACAUCAUCACAUUCGCUUGACGAAUGGUUUUCGCAAAGAUGUAAAAUUGUUGCAAAUUUUUCUUAAAGACUGGAAUGGGACAAGUUUAUUUCUCAACUCUUUCUAGGAAAAUUCUACAAACCUUUCUCUCUAUACGGAUGCCUCCGGAACCCUUGGUUUUGGGGGGAUUUUCCGCACCCAGUGGUUUCAGGGUAAAUGGUUGCCUCACCAAACAUUUAACACAAAAAAUAUCAGCAUUGAUUGGCAAGAGGUCUAUGCUAUUGUUGUAGCUUCCUACAUAUGGGUACCUUUAUGGGCAAAAAAACGAAUUGUCUUUUACUGCGACAACCAGGCUGUGGUUUCCAUAAUCAAUUCCAAACGUUCAAAAAACCCUCGUAUUAUGGACUUAGUGCGUGCUUUAACCUUACAAACACUGAAGUAUAACUUUUAUUUCAAAGCCUUACAUGUGCCAGGCCAUUAUAAUGACAUUGCUGAUUCUAUUUCCCGUUUUCAGCAAACCAGAUUUCGGCGGCUAGCACCGCAUGCAGACCAUCAACCUCGACCUCUACCAGAGGACCUUUCUCGUCUCUAGACGCUGAGUUAUGUCGUUAUCAACUUGCUUCGUUAGCUGAAGGUACGAUUAAAACUGAUAGCAGUGGCGAAAAACAGUUAAUGAAUUUCUACUAUCAAUUUCAUUUACAUAAGCAUGUGCCUUUUCUGCCAACAACGGAAAACAUUCUGAUUUAUUUUGCUGUUCUUCUCGCUAAGACGGUAAAUCCAGACACCAUCAAAGUCUAUCUUGCAGCAGUACGCCAUAUGCAUUUGGUUAACGGCUAUGACCUUCAAAUUACCAAAUUUCAACGCCUACACUAUAUUUUGCGAGGUAUAAAGCGAGUAAAAGGAGUGUCUACAAGGACACGCCUACCAAUUACAUUAGACCAUUUUAAAUUGUUUCACCGCAUAAUACACUCACGGACAUUACCAACACAUGAUGAAACCGUGAAUUGGGCAGCGAUUUCCAUAGCAUUUUUCGGGUUUUUGCGGAUUGGUGAAAUGACUUGCUCCGGUCCUUAUAAUUCUUCAACAAACCUUUGCCGAUCAGAUGUAAGUUUUUAUAACAAAAAACGUGGGGAUAACGAGGUUUUUCUGCAACUACGAAUUAAAGCGACAAAACCCGAUCCGUUUCCAACCUCAGCCACGAUAACCAUUGGCAGUUAUUCUGGUGUAUAUUGUCCAGUAAGGGCCCUUCAAACCUACCUUUCACGUGCGUCAGCGGACUAUGCGGGACCAUUAUUUUGCUAUUCAAACGGUGUUCCUUUAUCACGUCUUCAAUUUACUAAGGAACUACGAACACUUUUGGCCCAGGGUGGUUAUCACCCUGCUCACUAUGCAAGCCAUAGCUUUAGAAUCGGAGCGGCUACCACAGCUGCGUCCCAACGUUUGCCUCAUUGGCUAAUUCAAACGCUAGGAAGAUGGUCUUCCGAUUGUUACCUCAGAUAUAUUCGCACGCCAAUAAAUGUCCCUACAGACGUUUCAAAACGAUUGAUUGCGGAGUGA